AUGCGAGGCGGGUGUCGUUGGACGCUGCUGUUAUUACUCUUUCUUUUUCUUGUCAGUACUGUUGCGAGCGCGCAGGUGCCGGGGGAUGCCUUGUCAACUGUCAAAGUAGACAUGGGAUUUAACGGCAAGUGGACAGCCGCCUUCGUGGCAGCUGCGGAGUUUAGUGACGCCGUUCAGAGUGACGUGAGCGAUGCUCUCGGCAUCCAACGUGCCGCCGCGUGGUUUGAUGCUGCGCCUGCCGUUGCCGCCGACCCCGGCACUGUUGCUGUGAGUUUUGUUGUGUGGAGUGACCCCGGCAUCGUGGCGAAUUUUCUGCUGCGGGAUGCCGAGUGGACGGCGACGAAGGCGUAUUACACGGAGGCUACCACAGAAAGUGUGGCAACGCCGUUUGUGGCCCAUGCCUUCCGUGUGGAGGCCAUCACGGUGCGCUUCACAGGGGACGGAUGGGGCGACACCAGUGCCCUUCCGGAGGCAAAACUUUCGGAGGGGAUCAUUACCGACGUGAAGGCGGUGAAGGAUGUGACGGGUACACCGGCGAAUUUAGAUGCGGUGUUGAUUGGCACCGUUGACCGCACGAGUGGGGCAACUUUUCACCUUGAGGUUGUCUCCGCUGGGAUUCAAAAUGUAACCACCCUUCUUUCCCCCGCCUCCACGUACGCGACGCUGUUGGAGUACUACAAGCAUCAGACAACCCUGACCGACGGCGCACUGCGGGACGUCAGCAGGACGCCAGCAUCUCCCAUUCAACAGCAGUACCGAACACAAAUGCAAAUGAUUUUUGGCGGUUCUUGGCAGUUGGUUUUGCAAUCAAAGGAGUUAGAGGUGGCGUCAACAAUACAGCUGAUACUUUCAGGAGCCCUUGCAUUUCAACCUUCCCGUGUUAUUAUUGGAAACAUCAGCAAAACAGUCUACCCGUUCAAUUUGAAUGUCUCGACCUAUGUUGUGCAUUCCCGCGGAUUCAACGCUAGUACAAUUCCGAAUUUGGCUGCGGCAGCGAACUAUUCCUCAUUGGUGCGUCUGUACAUGUCAAAUGGUGGGGAUCCGGGCGUCACUCCCGUCUUAUUGUUUUCGGACCUUGUUCCCUCUCGGCCUCCAACUGGCACGUCCGCUGUCUCGCUUGUUUCGACACACAAGCUCGUGUUCUCAGGCACUCGCUGGCCGACCGCACUUUCUUCUGUUACGGCGGACGUUUUUAAAGAUGCGCUUGCAGGGGAUCUUACGAAACUUGUGCCCUAUGGCCCGACCACUGUGAAUGUGCUGGGAUAUACCGUUGGGGCAAAGAAUGGAUGUAACGCUCGUGUGAUGGUCGAUCAGCAAGGGGAUGUGCAACUGAUUCCCGUUGCAUUGAAUGCGUUUUUUAAAUUGGCACCAUCUCUUCCAAACACUGAGGAAUUGUACAAUAAACACGCUGGCGCCGGUGGACAUGAAGCCAUCAAAGUUUUCUCUUCCUUGGAAAAACAGCCAAAACGCGGCAGUGCAUGCACAUCACGGUGCGUGGGCAUCUCCAUCAUGGGCGGAUGUCUUUUGGUCUUUAGCAUCGUGGCAAGCAUUAUUUUCUGUGUGUGGCGAGUUUUUAGCCGCUAUGUCAGUCCUCCCAAAAUCAACAGCGACUUGGUCCGAAUACCUCCCGAGAAGAAUCCAUUUGUUUCCACCGUGACACUGCGUGGUGUUGCCGAAACAGCACCGAGUUUCACGCGCAAUCUCUCUCCAACUGGGGCGGAUGGCCCAAUGUACCCGCCGUUGACUGCUGGCGUUGCACCGUUUGGUCCAAUGAUGUCCACCUCCACGGCGUCUGCGCCGGAGUCCCGCAUGACGUCAUAUGUGGCCGAGCAACCGAACUCUUCUGUGGUACGGCAGGGCAACAUUAUCAUUCCCAGUUCCAGCGGUGAGAAGGAAUUUGAACUCAUCGUGAUGCCACGCAGUGAAUUUGAACGAAGUCACGGUUCUGAACCUUAA